CUCCGAAUUAGCCUCUGUCGCCGCGUCCUCGCGUGAAGCAUCCCCCCUCGGUUGGAAUGACAUCAGAGCAGCUCCGAGUCCUUGAAAGUCUGGGGGUUGAUUAGCUGGAGGAAUUGGCCGCCUCUGCCAAUCACCACCCUGCAAAGCCGCCUCAAUACUCUUGUAGAUAUGAGGGAGAGGGAGGCUGACUACAGCGAACAGGAGGCACAGCAGCAGCACCGGCAGUAGUAACGGGAGCAGCUGGUAUUCGGGUGAUUAAAUAGUUCUCGCAGCCUUUUUGCUGUAGCCUGGCUGCUCCCCGGUGUAAUCCCCAUGUCCAAGAAGGAAGCUGCAUUUUUAACAGUGUGCUGAACAGAGGUUUGAUUCAUUCCAGCUGGCUGCUUGUUUUGAAAAGGACAGUCUGUCUAUAAAUGAGAUGUGACUGUGCCGGUAGAGUUCAGUUACUGGGGCUGGAGCAAGAGGAACCUUCCCAGGAUGCUGCUCAGACAACUGCUAUCAAUUGAAAACUCUCCCUAGUUUACCUGGAGCCAUGUGAAGACAUUCGAAUAGCAGAUGUCUCUUUCCGGCACAGUAGGAAGAGAAAUUCUUCUCUAGAUGAUUAUGCAUUGGAAACAGAAAAAAAAAAAAAAAGAUGUGAAAGUGAUGAGCAGCUUCUCCACUCAAAAGAUGAGAGAGUUAGAACGAAGUUAGAAGAACCACAACAGCUUUUACCAGCUCAGAAGCUGUCCUUAUCCUAGGUAAAAGGAUUUUCUAAAACCUUAUGAUAAUGUUAAGAGUCCUCUUCAUUGAUUAUUGGCAGCUGCUGCAUUCUGAGAAAACCUCUUUCAAUUUAGCUUUCCAGAUACUUUGACUUCCCAUUCCAACAGCUUUAUAACUUCCCCAACAGCUUCAUAAAUGCACUGCAAUGGUCACAUGAACAUCUUGGGAGGGGAAUCAGCACCUCUGCAUCUCCUCAUUCCCAUGGCACUUUAGGAAGAGAGAACUAAAAACCAGCAAGUCCAACAGAAUUUGGAAGUCCUGCGAAAGAUGAAUCUAAUCGUGAAGCUCCGCAGAAGUUUCAGAACACUGGUCAUUCUCCUGGCAACCUUCUGCUUGGCGAGUAUUGUCAUUUCUGCCUAUUACCUCUACACUGGCUACAAGCAGGAAAUGGCCCUUGUGGAAAACACUGGAGAAGUGGAGUGUGAAGAUCUCAAGAUUCUACCAUACAGGUCUGUGGAGCUGAAAACAGCUAAGCCAAUUGAUCCAUCUAAAACUGAUCCCACCGUCCUCCUGUUUGUGGAAAGCCAGUACUCCCAGCUGGGACAAGACAUCAUAGCUAUCCUUGAGUCCAGCAGAUUUCAGUACCACAUGGUCAUCGCGCCAGCUAAGGGGGAUAUUCCCCCUCUCACAGACAAUGGAAGAGGAAAAUACAUGGUUGUUAUAUAUGAGAAUAUUUUAAAGUAUGUAUCCAUGGACUCAUGGAAUAGAGAGCUUCUGGAAAAAUACUGUGUGGAAUACAGUGUUAGCAUAAUUGGUUUUCAUAAAGCCAACGAGAACAGCUCCCCAAGUAUAAAACUGAAAGGUUUACCAUUACAUCUUUACAAUAAUGUAGCCCUCAAAGACUGUGUAGUAAACCCUCAGUCUCCCCUGCUGCGCAUUACAAAAGCACCAAGGGUUGAGAAAGGUCCACUGCCUGGCGAAGACUGGUCAGUUUUCCAGUUUAACCAUUCCACGUAUCAACCUGUGCUUUUAACUGAACUGCAGACUUCCAGACCGCCCCCCGUGGCAUUGCCAAAGGCUGCUCUGUAUGCAACUGUCAUCCAAGACUUAGGGCUUCAUGAUGGGAUUCAAAGAGUCCUUUUUGGAAACAACCUGACCUUCUGGUUGCACAAACUGAUCUUUAUUGAUGCUAUCUCUUUCCUGUCGGGGAAAAAGCUCACCCUGUCUUUGGAUAGAUACAUUCUGGUUGACAUAGAUGACAUCUUUGUUGGGAAGGAAGGAACAAGGAUGAACAUCAAAGAUGUGAAGGCUUUACUAGAGACUCAAAAUUUACUGCGCACUCAGGUUGCAAAUUUUACCUUCAACCUUGGAUUUUCAGGAAAAUUUUACCACACAGGCACUGAAGAGGAAGAUGAAGGUGAUGACCUGUUGUUGAGGUCUGUAGAUGAGUUUUGGUGGUUUCCCCAUAUGUGGAGUCACAUGCAGCCUCACCUCUUCCACAAUGAGUCAUCACUGGUGGAGCAGAUGAUCCUCAACAAAGAAUUUGCAAUAGAGCAUGGCAUACCGACUGGCAUGGGGUACGCAGUGGCUCCGCACCACUCCGGGGUCUACCCGGUUCACAUCCAGCUGUAUGAGGCCUGGAAGAAGGUCUGGCACAUCCGAGUGACCAGCACAGAAGAAUAUCCACACCUGAAGCCUGCACGGUACAGACGGGGCUUCAUCCACAAUGGCAUCAUGGUGCUCCCUCGACAGACCUGUGGCCUUUUCACUCAUACUAUUUUUUACAAGGAAUAUCCUGGGGGUCCUCAGGAGCUGGACAAAAGUAUCCGAGGAGGUGAACUCUUUCUCACCAUUCUCCUGAAUCCCAUCAGCAUCUUCAUGACACAUUUGUCUAAUUAUGGGAAUGACCGCCUGGGCUUAUACACCUUUGCAAACCUGGCCAACUUUGUUAAGAGCUCGACUAACCUGAAACUGCAGACACUGCCCCCAGUUCAGCUGGCUCAGAAGUACUUUGAGCUCUUUCCGGAGCAGAUGGACCCUCUUUGGCAGAAUCCAUGUGAUGAUAAACGACACAGGGAUAUUUGGUCCAGAGACAAAACUUGUGACCACCUACCCAAAUUUCUUGUCAUAGGACCCCAGAAAACAGGAACAACAGCACUUUAUUUAUUUCUUUUGAUGCAUCCUUCCAUUAUCAGUAAUCUCCCAAGUCCAAAAACUUUUGAAGAAGUUCAGUUCUUCAAUGGAAACAACUAUCACAAGGGAAUUGACUGGUACAUGGAUUUCUUCCCCACUCCUUCUAAUGUCACCACUGACUUCCUCUUUGAGAAAAGUGCCAACUAUUUCCAUUCCGAGGAAGCUCCUAAGCGAGCUGCUUCCCUCAUCCCCAAGGCCAAGAUCAUCACCAUCCUUAUUGACCCAUCCGACCGGGCGUAUUCCUGGUACCAGCAUCAGCGAUCCCAUGAGGACCCCGCUGCCCUGAAAUUCAACUUUUAUGAAGUCAUUACAUCCAGCCAUUGGGCACCCUUGGAGAUAAGGACUCUCCAGAAGAGAUGCCUGACACCUGGAUGGUACGCUGUCCAUAUUGAAAGAUGGUUAUCUCAUUACCCUGCUUCACAGUUGCUUAUUAUUGAUGGACAGCAGCUAAGAAGUGACCCAGCUACUGUGAUGGAUGAAGUGCAGAAGUUUCUUGGAGUCUCUCCUCAUUAUAAUUACUCCGAAGCUCUAACGUUUGACCCUCAGAAAGGCUUUUGGUGCCAGUUAUUGGAAGGAGGGAAAACAAAGUGCCUAGGAAAAAGCAAAGGUCGAAAAUACCCACCAAUGGACCAAGAGUCUCGAGCAUUUCUGUCAAGCUACUACAGAGACCACAACGUGGAGUUGUCCAAGCUGCUGCACAGGCUGGGACAGCCCCUGCCCUCCUGGCUGAGACAGGAGCUGCAGAAGGUCAGGUAGCACGCAAGGGCGGGGGACCCAAAUAAGGACAAUUUCCUUCACCUUCAAACCCCUUGCUUCUCCGACUCACUUGUGAUCGUCAGUAGAGGACAUCAUGAAUAACGCUCUUUCUGUUGAAAACAAACAAACAAACAAACAAAAACCACAAAAGAAUUAAAAAAACCCAAAACAAUCCCGACAACUGUUUAUAUGCACGUGCUGACAGUUAUUAGCAUCGACCCCUUUUGUCAGCUUCCAGGAAAUAAAACAGAGCUACACGGCAUUACUUUUUAUCCAGACCAGGAUUUGUGCAUAGCCUAGUUCCUCUGUUCACCAGGAAGUACCAGAAACUGUGUGUAAGACGGAUUGACCUCAGUGUACAUGGCAAGUUGCAGUCUGUCAGGACACGAGCCAAGGAUGGGAACAUCUCUCGCUGGACUGUGAGUUCAUCCUUCUAGUGUGACUGCAAAGGUGUGGACCUGUCUAUGGAUACGAUUCCUCCACCACUAUCCUAUCUAGAAAAGCUACCAAAAAUAAAUAAGGAUUUGCAAGUGACACAGAUUCUGAAGCGUUCAGUGUUCCAGUGACUGGAUAACUUUUAUAAGACUUAUUAUAAUUUCUGUAGUAUUUCAGAACAAGACAUCCACAUCCUCUUUAUAGAGCUGAGGAAAAACUUCACAGUCUUGCUCAAGCUCUUUUUUCUUUUUUUUUUUUUUUUUCCCUUCCCCUCCUACAUGACAACAGCAAAUCCAGCUGAACAAAUACUUGGUGUUGAAGAAAAAGGAAUCAAAAUAAAUUUUGAUCACUCAAAGUAUUUUUGUUGGGAGGGUGGUGAGGGAGGUCAAAGUCUGUAUUUGCUGGAAUUGUUUUAAAAAAAUUGAUGUGCACACACCUUAUUAUUGGUUCUUCUCACUGCACAGAAUAAACA